AUGGCAAAUGCUUCAUCUUUCUUUCAUUUAUUCAUUCCUUCAGAAUUAACACAGCGAAUACGAUUGAUCAUGAGCGGCAACGACGACCAUAAAAACAAAUCGAAUAAACGUAAAGCAUCGGAUGAAGAAGAAGACGAAGUGAACGAAGAAGAAGAAGAAGAGGAGGAAGAUGAUGAAGACGAAGAAGAUGACGAAGAGGACGAAGUAGAUGAUGAAGAUGAGGAUGAUGAGAAUGAAGAAGAUGAUCGUUCAAGUCGAAGAAAAAAGGAGGGUCAUCAACCAAAACGAAAGAAGAAGGAAAUCUCCGGAAAACAGUUCAUCAUUGCUGAAGCUGAUGUUGACGAAGACGAAGAAGAUGAAGACGAAAUCGAUGAACCGGAAGCUGGUUUCGUCGAACAGGAUAUUUAUGAAUCACCAUCAGCUGCGGAUAUUUAUCGAGAUGGUCGAUUGAAAUUUCCAAUUGCACAAGAUGAAAUGGAACCGGAAAAAGUAGUUGAAUAUCUGAAAGAACGUUAUGGUCGACGAGAUGUCGGCUUACGUGAUGAUGAAAAUGACGAUGAUCAAAUUCCUGAUGAAAUUACUCAACAAAGUCUUUUACCCGAUGUCAAAUCACCGAACCUUUGGCCAGUUAAAUGUCGAAUGGGUGAAGAAAAGCAAACAGCUAUGUUAUUAAUGCGAAAAUUUCUCGCAUUAGACAACACUGACAAAGCAUUGCAAAUCAAAUCAGUUGUUGUUAAAGAAGGUGAUCGUGGUUAUAUUUACAUCGAAGCGUUCAAAUCCAAUCAUGUCAAAGCAGCUUGCGAAGAAAUUCAUGCAUUAAAUGUUCAAAAUCUUCAAAUGGUUCCGAUUAAAGGCAUGACGGACAUUCUACGUGUGAUGAAGACAACUUAUGGAAUCAAAAAAGGCUCGUGGGUUCGAGUGAAACGUGGAAUUUAUCGAGAUGACUUAGCAAAAGUCGAACAGUGUGAUAUGGCACAAAACACGGUGACAUUAAAAUUAAUUCCACGAAUCGAUCUUACAAGAAAACGCGGAGGACCGCGAGGAAGUACUAAUGAUCCAAGUGGAAUUGUUCCAGAAUCGAAUCAACCUUUCAAGAAAAAGAAUCGAUUCGCGUUUAAAAAACCACCGGCGAAAUUGUUCGAUGAAACGGCGAUCGAAGCAAUUGGUGGACAAAUCAAAAGAGAAUACGAAUAUCGUUCAUUUGAAGGUGGAAAAUAUGAUGAGAAAGGAUUUCUCAUCAAAGUUUUCCCACUCAGCGCUGUCUCAGCUGAUGGGAUCACUCCAACUAUGACUGAAUUAGAUAAAUUCGAGGAAACAAUUGACGGACCAGAAACCAAUGUUGCAAUCAACAGAUCUAAAACAUCGAAAAAUGAUGUUUUAUCAUUUGCUGCGGGUGAUCAAGUGGAAGUUUGUGAAGGUGAAUUAGUCAAUUUACAAGGUACAAUCGUUGGUAUCGAUGGCGAUUCAAUUCGAAUUUUACCAAAACACGAAGCUUUAAAAGACGAAAUUCCAUUCAAAGCACAUGAACUACGAAAAUAUUUCUCGGUCGGAAAUCAUGUGAAAGUGUUAAGCGGAACUUUUGAAGGUGAAACUGGUAUGAUCGUGGGUAUGGAUGGUACGACUGCAAUUGUUUUGAAUGAUGGAACAAAAGAAGAAAUGUCCGUUCGAACGUCGGAUCUUCAAAUUUGCAAAGAAACAGCGACUGGAGUGGAUUCAAGUGGACAAUUUCAAUUGAAAGAUUUAGUGAAUAUAUCAGCUGAUAAAGUCGGCGUUGUCGUUCGAAUGGAUAAAGAAAAUUUACACAUUUUAAGUAUGGAUGGCAAAGUUGUUAAACAACCAAUUCAAUCAGUGACAAAGAGAAGAGUCAAUCGAAAUGCGACUGCGUUAGAUUCACAAAAUAAUAAUUUAAAUAUUGGUGAUAUAGUCAAUGUUAUCGAGGGACCAAAUAAUAAUAAACAAGGACAAAUCAAACAUAUUUAUCGACAUUUUGUUUUUAUAUAUACGAAAACAUUUAAUGAAAAUGGAGGAAUGUUUGUGGCAAAAGCGAGAAAUUUGUUAGUAGCAGGUGGAACAUCGAAAGUUACAACAUCUUCAAUGCCAAUCAAUGCUCCUUAUAUGUCACCAAGAACUAUUGCAACACCAGCGCCACAUCGAUCAUCGUCAGUAGGUGGUGGCGGUGGAUCAUCUGUUCAUCAAAAUAGUCCAGCAUCAACGGGUGGUCGUACGCCAAAUUCUACGAGUGGACCGAUGAAAGCACCGUUUUCAUCAUCGAAUAAUGUUCGUCGUGACACAGGGUUAAUUGGUGAAACAGUUAAAAUCUCUCAAGGACCGUAUAAAGGUUAUUACGGUAUUGUUAAAGAUGCAACUGAGUCUACAUGUAAAGUUGAACUACAUUCGAAAUGUCAAACUAUUACAGUCGAUAGGAAUCGUAUUGUUUUAACGACAAAUAUUUCUCGACAAUCCGGAGAAAUGUCUCAUUAUUUAACAACUCCACUUCAUGGUUCACAAACACCAUCCUAUGGAUUAGGUUCACGUACACCAAUGCAUGGAAAUCAAACACCAAUGCACGAUGGAUCAAGAACACCUCACUACGGAAAUAUGACACCUCGUCAUGAUGGAUCAAUGACACCACAUGCACAUGGUGGAGCAUCAGCAUGGGAUCCUAAUUACGCCACUACGCCUCGAGUUGAUUAUGAUGAUGAUGACCCAUCAUUUGCUACAUUAAAUCCAACAACUCCAUCUUUUAGUCAUCUAUCUGAUACAUUAUCUAGUGGUCUCGGAGGUUCAAAUACAACAAAUUCGUCGUCAAUGUCAAAUUCUUCGUCAUCAAAUCCAUUAGGUGUUAAUUCAUUACUUGGUUCAACUGGUGGACCAAAUAGCAUUUCUUCAAAUGCUUCAGCAAGUGCUUAUUCACCUUAUUCGAAUCAUCCAACACCUUCACCAGCUAUGCAGAUGGACUAUCAACUUUAUAAUUCUCAUAUUCCAACGCCAGGUGCAGCAAGCAGUGGUUUCUCAUCUUCACACGGUAGUGGUCUACCCGAUCAAUCUCCAGCUGGAAACUAUGCUUAUCCUACUGCAAUAAACAUUGCACCUGUGACACCAAGUGCACAAUAUGCACCUAUGUCAACAUCACUUGAUUUCGAUUCGAUAUCCAAUAAUGAUUGGCAUGCUGAAGGUUUGUAUGUACGCAUAAAAAUUCCCAAUGAAGAUGAAUCUCUUCAUGUGGGAAUGAUUGGAAUCAUUCAAAGUUUAUCAAAUGGUGUUUGUACUGUACAUUUUCCUCAACAAGAUCGACGUGCUGUUGUUCCUCUUCAUUACAUGGAACCAGUAACGCCCAAACAAAACGACAAAAUUUAUGUAAUUGGUGGUGACAGCAAAGGUGCAUCAGGUGAUUUACUUUCAGUAGAUAAUCAAGAUGGAGUUGUACAAUUGCAUGGAAACGUUUCGGACGAUGACAUAUCAUUGAUUAACUUGAAAUAUUUAUGCAAAUGUACUUAA